AUGACAUUCGACGCCAAUAAAUCGACAAAGGGCGCCUCGAAGCUGCGCCGCGAUUUGAUCAAUGCUGAAAUCGCCAAUUUGCGCGACUUAUUGCCGCUGCCUCAAUCGACGCGUCAACGGCUGUCACAACUACAACUGAUGGCGCUGGUGUGUGUGUAUGUGCGCAAGGCUAACUAUUUCCAGCAAGUUUUCAAACGGCAUGACAUUUCAAUACAUCAUGCGCCAACACCAAAUAUAGGCUUUUCCAAGGCUCUCUCAGGUUUUCUUAUGAUGCUCACACAAAAUGGUAAAUUGCUGUACAUUUCAGACAAUGCAGCCGAAUAUUUGGGGCAUUCAAUGGAAGAUCUCCUCAUUCACGGUGAUUCUGUUUACGAUAUCAUUGACAAACAGGAUCACGCAGCCAUACAAGCCGAACUGAAUCGCAAUGUGCCACCACAGCCAGGCCAUAGUCAGCAUGCAAGCGCCGCCUCAGCAGCAGCCGCAGCAGCAGCGGCGAUCUCAAGUCUGGAAGGGGAGCAUCGUAUGUUUCUGUGUCGCAUGAAUGUCAGUCGAAAUGCGCGAAGACAAAUGCGUUUCGGUGAUCAGAAGGUUGUGCUAGUUCAGGGUCAUUAUCUGUCAUUUUUGCCGCUCUGCAGUCGCAACGAGCCGGUCUUUUUGGCCACAUGCACGCCCAUUGCCAUGCCCGAGACGCGCGAAUGUGUGGUGCAGGGCGCCACCAAUGUCUUUACCACUAUCCAUUCAAUGGAUAUGAAAAUCGCGCAUAUCGAUAAAAAUGGCGAAUUUCAUUUAGGUUACAACAAAAGUGAUAUACACGGCCACUCGUGGUACAAUCUACUGCACUCGGAGAACUUACGUGAGGCGCAAAGUAAACAUAGGCUGAUAACUCAAUCGGAGCAGGAUCGCUCUUGUAUAUUGUUGGUUCGCAUGCAACGGCGUCAAGGCGAUUUCAUUUGGGUGCAUGUGGUGUUGCAAGUGCGGGAUAGCCAAGACACAAACCAGCAGCCGGUUAUUGUAUGCACAAACCAGGUUUUAAACGAGCGCGAAGCUUCGGUUAUGCUUGCCAAUUCGUGGCUCUACCACUACUAUUCGGUGCAAUCGAAGAUACAAUUUGGACUCGCUUUCGAUGCGCCUACACGUGUGCCACCUACAACACCGGCUGCCGCCGCCGCGGCUGCGGUUUACUAUCAUCAUCACGCGCACCAUGCAGCGCAUCCGCAUUCACAUCAUCACACGGGAGCCGCCGCCGCCACCACAACUGCCACACUUCCGGCUACCGCUUCAGCUGGUUAUGCGACCGCUUUGCAUCCGCAUCAAUCACAUCCACAUGUUCAUCAUCCACACCACCAACACCUGCAUCCACAUCAGCACACGCAUCCGCAUUCCCACCAACAUCCGCAUCAUCAGUACCAUCAUAUGACGUCGUAUGGGACAUAUCAUACGCCUGCUGGCGCGACAAGCGGUGGCAGCAUGAGUGUGGGAAGUGGCAGUGGCGGCAGCGCGGAAGGCUCCCCGGCGCCACAUUUGAGUGGUCAACAGACGCAACAACACUUGCAAAGCAAUGGUACAUUGGCGAUGACAGCUGCAGCGAAUGCGGGUAUGAUCAAUGGUACAUCCGUCGGUCAGUACAUCUAUCACCAUCGACUCGGUCUGGAACCGGUUGAUUAUAGUCAAGUACCUAGCGGUGCCGCAGUCGUGAUUGGCCUGAAUGGCGCGCGCUCUCCAGCGAACGGUCAAGCGGAUGGGCAAAUGCGUUGCAGUAGUGCCAACAGUUCUGUCUCCAGUCAUAAUGCAGCUACGCCACACUAUAUUACACACACCAACAACACCACUAGCGGCAGUCAUAACAGCAGUAACAAUGCUAACACUAAUCAUAAUAACUCCAAUAAUAAUCACAACAGCACCCACAAUUUGAACCACAAUAAUGGUUCCAGCAUCAAUUCAAAUGGUAGUACGAAUUCAUCGCAUCAUCAACGUCUCAAUUCACCGCCAACAAAGCGUCGUGCCAUCGGCAAGCUGGAACCACUUUAUCUUCCAGACGAAGCCACAGAUGAAACGCCUACAACAGUAACUGAAAUCGACACACCCUAUCACCUGCAUUCGCAUUCACAUUCGCUCAUCUCUGCACCGGCCGAGUCACAUGCCUCUGUAAUCUUCGCUACCGUUGUGCCUACACGCCCACGUUUUAUACAAAAAUCAUUACCUAAUGAUCCACCUGAUUUUAUCGAUCAAUGGAAUCCCAGCCCACCCUGGUCGGAAUCAGCACAGAAGCUUUCACUUGACAGUUCGUCAUCAACGCAACAGGAACUAAGUCCUUGCAUCACCACCACACCACCUACCCCAACAAGUGCGCCACCUAGCGGCCCACUUGGUACCAAUUGCAGUGGUUUACAAACCUUGGGUCCAGCCUUCUCUUUCGAAUGGAUGUCUGAUCCCUUGGUACCUGUCGCAGAUUCGUAUGUUGCAUGUAUUACGCCACCCGAUGGCGUACCUCUUGUAGUCACUCAUCAUCCUCACUCGGCAGUACAACAUUCGUUGCAUUGGCCUACUAAUGCCACGUCAUCGGAACAUCAUCAACAUCUGAGUCAACAUCUAGCCUCGCAUGGUCAUCGUUUGCUGAGUCUUUCAAGUAGCAGUGCUGGUGACACAAUGCAACAGGCUAUUAGCGUAACGAGUGGAAGAGAUGCGGGGAAUGCGAAAACGAAAUCACCGGAGGUUGCGGCACGAAAAGAAUCACCACGCAAGUAAAUCAGUCGAAGUAAGAUGAAUUCAAUACAGGUAUUGUGUUCGGCAGCUCACAAGCGAAUGAAAUUAAUCUAAUCCAGUUAUAAUAACAGCAUUAACUAAUAAAAGUAAAAUUAAGCAAAAUCAAGGCUUUAUUUAUUCAAAUCUCUCCUUUUUUGUAAUCCAUAAAAAUUAAUGGUAAAGCUGUCAUAAAUUUUAUGAGAAUACAAAGAUCAAAAAAUAUAAAACAACAAUAAUUGAAAGCAACUUAAUCAAAAUCACAUUCAACGCCUAAAACGAAUGUAGGAAACACCCACAGAAUUAACGCCAAGCUUAUAAAAGUAUUAGUAAAUGAUGGCAAAACAAGUAACUGUUAAUUUUAAUAACCAUAUAAUACUAUAAGCAAAUACGAAUACUCGAACUAAGCAAAAUUUAAGGAGUAGCAAAAUAUGAAGCGUCGAAGCGUUAAAGCGUCAAAGUGUCAAGAACAGCGCAUUUACUGUUUUUUAAGAGUUGCUGGAAACGUAGACUUUUGUAAUAACUGUAGGCAAUAUAUGUGCAUAGAUGUAUGUAUGUAUAUAUGUAUAUGUGUGUAGGUAUAAUGAAAGUGUAAAUAAAUUUUUAUUGCCAAUUAUUUUGUUAUAAUAACGUUAGCAAGUCAAACGCGGGUGGGUAAGUGAAUGGCUGUUGGCGAACAAUGCACAUCCAUAUGUAUAUGUGUGUAUAUUUAUAUAGGCAUGUGUGUGUGUGUGUGUGAGGUGUAUGUGAUUUGACUACAAGCGCUAAGACGAUCUGAAAGUAUCGUCAAGUACUAACGCUAAGCUGUUGCGUUGUGCGCUGAGCUCGCUUUUUGCAAAUAUCUCUGAUUUUAUUGUGCGCCAUUUAGAUGGAACUAAUUUAUUUUUAACUUUGGUACUUACUUUUAAAUUGUUUACUUUGUAAGAUAUAUCUACAUAUACGUAUUUUUUUUUUCUUUAUUACAACACUAAUUUAGUAUUUUUGCAAUUUAAAUUUAGAUUAGAUAAAAAAAUUGAAAAUUAGUGCAAUUUUAUAAUACAUUUGUAAGUAUGUGGGUAUGUUUGUGUAUUUGUUAGCCGAGAAAUAUUUUAGUUAGGCGAUAAGAAGUGAAGCAGUAAUAAAUGCCGCAAGCAAUAAACUUGAAAAUAAAUAUUUUCUUUAAGUGUUAAUGGAGACGAAUUUGUGUGUAGUCUUUUUACGAUGUCAUAAAUGUAUUUACUUAAUACUUCCAUACAUGUACGGUUCGCUGCAUAUGGAUGUGUGCGUGUGCACACAAUUACGUGCGCAUGAUUUUUCCAUAUAUUUUUAAGAAAAUGUAGCUAUUUUUAAGAGAAUGAUGAUAUAUAUUUUACAUUUUUAU